AUGUCAACUCCUGAAGAAAUUUUACAAAAACUUCUCGACGAUAUUAUUAAAGAGAGAAAUUAUAAAGAUGCUAAAACAAUCGUGAAACCAAUAUCUACAGGCGGUGCUAACUACACAUCAGUGCUCUUCAUUGUAACUAUAUCCGUACCUGAUAAUGAAGAUGUGGAACUAUUCGCCAAAGUUGGUAUCGUUGGUGAAAAAAUGCGUUCACAGAUGCCAAUACUUCUAUACGAUAUUGAGCGAUACGCAUACCAAGAACUGUUAACGAAAUAUGAAUUGAUACAGAACAAUCAUAAUGUUCCUACCGAAGAAAGACUGCGUGCAGCCAAGUUCUACGGAUGUAAUCCGACUCUCUAUGAAGAGACAAUUGUGCUAGAAAAUUUAGCAGCCAAAGGUUUUACUACAUACGACCGUUUCAAGUCCAUUGAUUGGGAAUAUGGUGCUAAAUCAGUGGAAACUUUAGCUAGAUUCCACGCAUUAUCUAUAGCAUAUGCAGAACAGUAUCCCGAGGAAUUUAAAAACGUUCUCGACAAUAUGAAAUUUCAAGAAAAAGCUUUCACUGUGUUUAUUGAACAAGGCUUGGAAAGGUAUUCAAACUUCGCAGUAGCUGCAGUAUCGGAAAAUAACAAAGAGAAACUGAAGAAUUAUUUGGAAACCAAUGUGAGCGUGGAAAAGAUGGUGAAAUUUUAUUUAACGAGUCGCCGGCCAACUUUGUGCCACGGAGACUACCGGCCAAGCAAUUUAAUGCACAGGCAGAAUGAGGAUGGCACUGUCGAAGUAAUACCAGUGGAUUACCAAACAAUACAGUCCGGAGCACCACUCAUCGACUUGAUGUACUUCAUCUUCACCGGAUCAGAUGAGAACUUCCGCCGGCGACAUUUCUGGGACCUGGUCGACCAUUACUACCGAGAAUUGUGCAGCGCGCUCAGAAAUAUGGGUCUAGACCCUCGCCAGAUAUAUACGGAGGACGAAUUUGAUCUCGACAUUAAAGAGAUCUUACCAAGCGGCCUGCUGAUUGGUAUAUUCUUCCUUCCAAUUAUUACUGUAGAAACAGAGAACGCUCCUUCUAUAGGAGAUGGUGACAUCAACUCCAUGGUAGACAUAAAGGUCAGCCCGUAUUACGCCGAGAGAAUUAAUGGUAUAGUCAAUGAUUACAUCAGAUAUGGUAUAAUUACAUAA